ACACAUUGGCUAAAAUAUUUUCGAGAUUUUUGAAGAAGAAAAAUGAAAUUGUUCAUAGUGAUGUGCUUGACCACAAUUUCUGCAGUUCAAAUGAAUGGUCAUGAUGAAUUGUAAGUAUUAAUCAAAUAAUUAACAAACUGAUAACGAAGAGCACUUUCGACCAACACAUAUUAGACCAAAAGUCCAGUUAUUUGAAAAAAAAAAUCUUGAAAAUAUUUUGAUUUCACAUCAUUCAGAUCUGAUAAAAUGUUGACACUCACGAUUAACCACCAUGGAUACAUGCUUCUUCAUGAAGCUGCCAUUUCUGGCAAUAUUACGGCGGCUAAAAUGCUUCUGGACGCAGGGGCAGAUAUAAAUGCUGAAACCAACCUGGGAUUUACACCACUCUUCUUGGCAUUUGCUCAUUUUGGUGCAGAUGGACCUGAAAAUAUGGAUAUGAUCGAAUUUCUCGUUCAGAAUGGUGCACAAGUAAAAAACUUUAGGAAUAAUGGAUUCAAAGCGCUUCGUUUUUUCAUGAAUUAUCUCGAAGAUGAAGAAUGAUCUCUAUACUGUUGAUUGUCAUGUUUUUAAA